GUGGACUCCUGCUCUCUGUCACCUGUCAGAAUCCAUCCUCCUGUCACUGGCUUAUAUGGACAAGUCAGUCCAGGGUCACGUGACCUUGGGUUUCUAAAAACAGCUCCAUCACCCACUCUGAACCAGGGCCUGAAGCAAUGUCUUCCGUAGAGAGAAACAUAAAGGACACUUAAUCGCACAGUCCUUGGAAUUAUUUCCAGGAAACACUUGCAGAAGCCAUUUGGGAGUCCUGGCGGCACAGUCAGGGGCGGCCAGGAAAUGAGCGCUUCUUUGAACUACAAGUCUUUCUCCAAAGAGCAGCAGACCAUGGAUAACUUGGAGAAACAAUUGAUCUGUCCCAUCUGCCUAGAGAUGUUCACGAAGCCUGUAGUCAUUCUCCCCUGCCAGCACAACCUGUGCAGGAAAUGUGCCAGUGACAUCUUCCAGGCCUCUAACCCGUACUUACCCACAAGAGGAGGCACCACUGUGGCAUCAGGGGGUCGAUUCCGCUGUCCCUCCUGCAGACACGAGGUGGUGUUAGACAGACAUGGGGUUUAUGGACUUCAGAGGAACCUGCUCGUGGAAAACAUCAUUGACAUCUACAAGCAGGAAUCCACCAGGCCAGAAAAAAAGUCCGACCAGCCCAUGUGUGAAGAGCAUGAAGAUGAACGCAUUAACAUCUACUGUCUGAACUGUGAGGUGCCCACCUGCUCCUUGUGCAAAGUGUUUGGCGCCCACAAGGACUGCCAGGUGGCUCCCCUUACCCAUGUGUUCCAGAGGCAGAAGUCAGAACUCAGUGACGGCAUUGCCAUACUUGUGGGAAGCAACGACCGAGUCCAGGGGGUGAUCAGCCAGCUGGAGGACACCUGUAAAACAAUCGAGGAAUGCUGCCGAAAGCAGAAACAAGACCUGUGUGAGAAGUUUGAUUACCUCUACGGCAUCCUGGAAGAGAGGAAGACUGAAAUGACCCAAGCCAUCACCCGAACACAGGAGGAGAAACUGGAGCACGUCAGAGCCCUUAUCAGAAAGUAUUCUGAUCACUUGGAGAACGUAUCAAAGUUGGUGGAGUCGGGAAUCCAGUUCAUGGAUGAGCCGGAAAUGGCCGUGUUUCUGCAGAAUGCCAAGACCCUGUUACAAAAGAUCGCGGAAGCAUCCAAGGCAUUUCAGAUGGAGAAAGUUGAACAGGGUUAUGAGAUCAUGAGCCACUUCACAGUCAACCUCAAUAGAGAAGAGAAAAUUAUACGUGAAAUUGAUUUUUACCGAGAAGAGGAAGAUGAAGAGGAUGCAGGAGAAACAGAAGAAGAAGGAGGAGAAGGAGAGGACGCAGCGGAAGUAGAAGAGGUAGAAAAUGUUCAGAUAGAGUCAUCAGGGGAAGAGGAACGCCCGGAAAAAGCCUCAGAGCCCCCGCAGCUCACCUCAGAGCUCCAGGCUGCCCCGGGGCCACUUCUUGCUUCCUCUCCAGAGCCACCGUCACCCAUGCCACCUGCUGCAGAUGUCCUGGUAACCCAGGGGGAGGUGGUGCCCAUUGGCUCUCAGCAGACCACACAGUCUGAAACUACUCCAGGCCCUUCAUCAGCGGAAACCGCGGAUCCCUUGUUUUACCCUAGUUGGUAUAAAGGCCAAAACCGGAAAAUCAUCUCCAACCCACCUUGCACCCCUGGGAGUGAAGGUCCGGGGCAAGUAGGGCGUCCUGCUGCUGAGGAUUCCAGUGUGCAGUCUGCAGAAGUGGCAGAAGCCGCAGCCAAUGAGCAGGCAGCAGUGAGUGGUAAGGAAUCUAGUUCACCUGCAGCUACCUCUCAGAUUGGCUUUGAAGCACCUUCUCCCCAGGGACAGGCCUCAGCCUCGGGGAGUGGGGGUGGGGCUGAUUCUGAACCAGCUCGCCACGUCUUCUCCUUCUCCUGGUUGAAUUCCCUGAAUGAAUGAUAUUUAUUCUGGCGGCCCCUGGCGGUCCGGGUGAGAUGCACAACAGGCAGUGGGUGAAAUUCACCAUGAUGCAUAUGAAUGGGACCUCUGCACAGGAUUUCUGAAAGAAAGCAAUAAACCUUUAAUUCCAGAUGACUUACCUAACUUGUCGAGAAAAUGAAUGUGCUCAGAACAAAGUUUCAGCAAACACUGGUAUAAAGAAACUUGAUCUUAUGCAAAUCUUUCAUUAUGUAGGAAACAUUCUGAAGGGCUGUGUAGGUGUGGUACAUGUGUGCCCAUCAGCUAUAAGUGGCAAGUGUUGACAUAGUGGGCGCUACACUCCCAUCUCUCAUGGGCACCGGCUUCUUGUUAUUUUUAGCGCAGGUGUGUUUUUUUUUCUUCUUCUUUUCUCCUUAGCAUUCAGUAUCAGUUCAGAACCGACCGAUUUAUCAAAAUGUAGGCAUGCGAUCGAUCACUGACCAAGGCUAAGAAGGGCUCUACAAAGGUUCCUCAUUUCUACACCUGUCAUUGGAUGUGCAGCCGGAAGUAGUCUUUGAAUUUGGCCACACUUCUGUAGUCCAAAAGGCCAAAGAUCUAGGGCAUUUCUUUUGACAUUUUUCUAAUCUUAAUCACAUAUCUCAUAAUCUUAUAUUCAUAUAUCAGGCAUUCUAAUUGAAGACUUUCUGGGAGAAACAGUCUACUUUCUUAUGUGUCCACCCUAGCAG